AUGUUACCUGUGAGAGUGACAGCAGAAACGACAGGAGUUAAAGCCAGAGAUGUGAAGGGAAUCCUACCCGUGAUGAUAAUAAUGGUGAUAGUUUUCUUGCUGCUUCUGUUCUGGGAAAAUGAGCUGAGUGAGGAUGCAAUACAGGUGUCAACGCUGGAGCACCUGCACGUGGACUACCCUCACAGUGACAUUCCUGUAAGGUACUGCAACUACAUGAUCAUACACAGAGCCAUCAGGGAGCGUGACCGCACUUGUAAAAAGCAGCAUGUCUUCAUCCAUGAGAGGCCAAGAAAAAUCAAUAAUAUUUGCGUUUCUCCCAAGAGGGUGGCUUGCCGAAACCAUUCUGACAUUCUCUGCUUCCAGAGCGAGACAAUGUUCCAAAUGACAGUCUGUCAGCUAACUGAAGGCACCACAUAUCCUGCCUGCAGGUACCACAUUUCCCCCAUGGAGGGGUUUGUUCUUGUCCUUUGUGAUGAAUUGGGGCCAGUGAAGUUCCUGGGAUAUGUCGAAUAA